AACAUGUCUUACCAAGCCGAAACUGAAGUACCAAAAACUCUCUCCUUCUUCACAUGAUAUCUAAUCUCCUCAAUUUCUCCCCUCUUUCCUUCUCCAUUUCCUUUUUUCUUUGACUCCUUUCCUUCCUGCGAAGGAUCAAAGCCUCAUCAAAAUAUCAAAAAAAUAAAAAAAAAAUUGUAAAUGGAAGCCUCUCCAAGGCCAAGCCUGAACCAGAAUUUCCUUUCUUCUCCCAAAAGCCACAGUCCCAACAGCAGCACCAGCAGCACAAGCAGCAGCAACAAUUCUAACGCAUCGCCGCCAACUCCGCCGCCUCAACAGCCCAUCACCAGAUCCGAGUCUGCUAACCCUUACCCUACAACUUUCGUCCAAGCCGACACUUCUUCUUUCAAGCAAGUCGUCCAGAUGCUCACAGGAUCCUCCGAGACCGCCAAGCUUGCUUCUUCCACCAAACCAUAUACGUCUCCUCAAUCCGAACCGAAUCCGAAGACCCACAUCCCUCCAAUCAAAUCCAUCCCAAAAAACAAGCAAAAUUCUGGGUUUAGACUUUACGAGCGAAGGAGCUCUCUCAAGAACCUCAAGAUCAACCCUUUGAACCAGGUUUUUAACACCAACAGUUCCGGGUUUUCGCCCAGAAAACCCGAAAUACUCUCCCCUAGCAUUCUUGAUUUCCCUUCUUUGGCUCUUAGCCCCGUUACUCCCUUGAUACCCGACCCAUUUGACCGAUCCGUACCUGGAAAUUACACGAAUUGCUUUAAUAAUAAUGCGAAACUAGACAAGGAAGCUGAAGAGAAGGCAAUUAAAGAGAAGGGUUUUUAUUUGCAUCCAUCACCGGCAUCUACACCACGAGAUUCGGAGCCUAGGCUUCUCCCACUUUUUCCAGUUACUUCACCUAGAGUUUCAGUGUUGGGGCACUGAAGAUGGGGAGUGGGAAAGGAAGUGGCAUAACGAGACAAGCUUUGUAAUGUUGGAUACUUGAAGAGGAAUGAUGAGAAAAAUCUUUGCUUCAA